CAUGGGUUUAAAGUUGCUAUUAUAAAAUCAUGUCAAGGAAGCGCUGUAGAGAGGAAACUAUGUUGAACUCUGUAUCACAUACAAAUAAUCAUAAUGGAGAAAGUACGUCUUCUUCUAGAGAAAAUUCCCCCAUCAAUCCUUCAAUUUGUAAAGAGGCUCCAUUCAGUGAUGAUCCAGAAGCAAUUGCUGAGAGAGAUGCAAGUGAUUAUAAUACUCAAAUUACAUUAAGAAUGGCACGUAGUGGAAAAGCACCCAGAAGGGUUAGAGUAUAUGCUGACGGUAUAUAUGACCUGUUUCAUCAAGGACAUGCUCGACAAUUAUUACAAGCUAAAAAUAUAUUUCCAAAUGUAUAUCUCAUUGUUGGAGUUUGCAACGAUGAAUUAACACAUAGCAAGAAAGGAAGAACUGUUAUGACAGAUGCUGAAAGAUAUGAUGCAGUAAGACAUUGUCGUUACGUGGAUGAAGUAGUAAGGGAUGCUCCAUGGGAAAUAGAUGAUGAUUUCAUUAAGAAACAUAAAAUCGAUUUUGUAGCACAUGAUGACAUACCUUACAUGACAGAUGAUGGUUCAGAUGUUUAUGCUGCAUUAAAAGCUAAAGGUAUGUUUGUAGCUACACAAAGAACAGAAGGAGUAUCUACAUCAGAUAUUGUUGCAAGAAUUGUUAAAGAUUAUGAUAUUUAUGUAAGAAGAAAUUUAGCACGGGGUUACAGUGCCAAAGAACUCAAUGUUUCUUUCCUUAAUGAAAAGAAAUUUCGAUUGCAAAAUAAAUUUGAUGACCUCAAAGAUAAGGGUAAACGAGUAAUGGAAAAUAUAGGUGAAAAACGUAUGGACAUGAUUAGUAAAUGGGAAGAAAAAUCACGAGACUUUAUUGAUGCAUUUCUUUUAUUAUUCGGAAGGGAAGGAAGAUUGUCAACAAUUUGGAAUGAAAGUAAAGGACGUUUGAUGCAAGCACUUUCACCUCCAGCAAGUCCAAAAAGAGAUGGCAGUCCAAAUAGUAGUAAUAGUAGCAACAACGAUGAGGAUCAAACAAGUCCUCCACCAAAAAAGACUGGACGCUACGAAUUUUCACAAAGUACCCAAUAUCUAAGCGAUGAUUAUAGCGAUGAUGAAGAAGAAAAUUUACAAUCCAAGUGAUAAAUCAUUAUAUAAAUGCAAUGUAUCUUCUUAUUACGACCAAAAUUAGUGUGCUAUUUUUUUUUAACAUUAGACAUAUUUUCAUACAGCUAUAUAAGCUGUUUCUACAGAGAAUAGCACUAUGCUUCAUAAUUUUUGUAUGGUAAAACUACUAUACAUAAAGCAAAACAUUUGUUAUUAUAUGGAAAUUUAGUACAAUUAUGAAUUAUGCAAGUUGGAAUAUAGACAUUUAAAUCUACAAAAGAUAUGUAGAUUAUUUAAGAUAUCUAUUACAUCAAAUUUAUAAUUUUUUUCAGUUGUUGCUGUGGUAUUAUUUAUUUGUAUUAUGUUCCUAAUACAGCAAUGAAUUAUUUACUUACUCUAAAUUUCUAAAUAUUUUUACAUAUAUUAGUAUUUAUACUUUCAUGUACUAAACAAGAUAUUGUUUCCAGUAUUUAUUUUUAAACAAAUAAUCUGUAGAAAGAACUGGUCUAUGUAUACAUAUAUUCAAUAACGAUUUCUCUUACUUUAUCAUCAAUUUUGUACAGAACAUAUUAUAGAAUAAUCUUAUGUCUCAUUGUACAGAUAUCUUAGAUACAGAGUAAAUAUUUCAUCUAUAAAGACAUAUUACUUUUACAUUGUUGCGAAUAACGCAUAACCCUAGAAGUGAUCUAUAAAAUAAAUAAAUAAAUAAAUAAAUAUAUAUA